GCGGUCAUGGCUCCGCCGCAGCCGGCGGGGACGGCGGUGUCGCCCGCGGUGGCGGCAGCGAUCGCGGCCGUGCGCAAGGGCAGCGGCGGAGCGACGUGGGUGCUGCUGGGGUACGAGGCUUCGGGCACCCAGCUCAAGGUUGAGAGCACGGGCACGGACGGCGGCGAGUCGCUGCCCGCGGCCUUCGACCCGGCGAGCGCGCAGUGGGCGCUGCUGCGCACGGAGCACGAGAUGGGGUCCGCCGAGGACGUGGUCCGGCCAAAGGUGACGCGCUUCACGCUGCUCUCGUGGGUCGGAGAGCAGACGCCCCCGCUCCGCCGCGCCAAGCUCACGACGCUGCGCGGCGAGGCGCAGGAGGCGAGACGACGCCCAAGCCUUUCGCGCGCCUUCCUCUUCGCCCGCCACGCUCCCUUCCCUCCGCGCCUCUGUCUCACACGCCGCCCGGUGCUCUCGCCCUUCAACGAGGAGAAGCUCAACCUGAGCUCAGAGGCGGAGGCGGCCAGCGCGCUGCGGGAAGCGGCGGCGGCGGCCGCCGCCGCCUGCUAGAGGCGGAAGGGGCGACACGCUCCUCGGCCGCUUUUGCUAAUCGUACGGGCGCUUGGGCGGGAGGUGCGGAAUCGACCUAUUUGGGCCGAUCGAAUUCUUUUUCUGAAGAAAAGAAUGUAACACU